AUGGCUUCAGAAGAUGAAUUUUUGGUUCAUACCAGCUCUGGUCCAGUGGUAGGGUUUCAAGAUACUCAUCCGCUCAGUGAUCGAUCGACAGCUUCAUGUGUAGCAAAUGGUCAAUUCGGAGAUCAAUCCCCGAUCAACAAGUGGCUUGGAAUACCUUAUGCUCAAGCAGCGAGAUGGACACGUCCCACGCCUCCUACUUCCUGGCAAGAACCCCUACUGUGCCAUGAGUUCGGCCCAUACUUUCCACAAACGUCAGAUCCAUUUCUCACAGUCUACUUGGGAAAGCCGGGCUAUCAUCCCCGAACUUGGCGAGAGCAAUCAGAAGAGAAGGGUCAUAAUCUGAACGUGUUCUUACCUGAUGGUGUCCAGCCAGGUGAUAACGUUCCCGUGCUGGUCUGGAUUUAUGGGGGUGCCCUUUUGUAUGGAAACUCCAGCGAGUCAAUCUACGACCCUACAGAAUGGAUUCGUCGAGAAGCUGCUGAAGGACGAAAGUUCAUCGUAGUAACGGGUAAUUAUCGAGUGAACAUUUUCGGCUUCCUGUCUUCUUCAGAAAUGACGGCCCAGGACGAAGACGGAUUAUCGGGAAACUAUGGCGAGUUUGCUUAUAUGUGGGUGCAAGACAAUAUUGCGAAAUUUGGCGGCAAUCCAGAUAAUGUGACUGUCUUUGGGGAAUCGGCAGGCGGUGUGAUAAUCUCAAAUCUUCUUCUUUGUCAGAAGAAAUUAUUCAAGAACGCUAUCUUGGAAUCCGGCUUCCCUGGUACAAUGCUCUAUCAAGAUUCCAAAGCGGCUGAUGAACUCUACGAUGAUAUAUGCACCAAAGCUUUGAAGACCGGUUCCCGGGAGGAACGUCUCACAGCUCUCCGAUCGGUUCCAGUUGAUGAACUUUUAAAAUCCGCUCCUCAAAACGUUGGUAGCGCGGGAUUUUCAGUUGAGAAGUCUAAGAAAGCCAUUUGGACUUCUUCUUCAGUCCAUCAGGUUUUGAAAGAGGGCAAAUGGAACCCAUAUGUGAAAUCUGUGAUGCUAGGAGUCACAGAGGACGAAGGAAGUAUAUUUGUAUUGUUCACGCAAGCCCAUCUUCCCGAUGGAUACGAUACCCUGUGUCAUCAAAUGCUUCCAGGAGUAUCUCGAGAGGAUCUCGACAAAGUCUACCCACCUUUGUUCCCUAAUGGUACUUCAGGCAAAACACCAGACUACACAUCGGUUGUGGGAUGUCAAGCUUUAUCCGAUCGACUUUUCAACGCACCUUUGGAGUGUUGUGCUAACAUCUGGAGUUCUACUCUGAAUUCCCAAAGCCAUGAACACCUUUCGAUAUACAUGUAUAAAUUGAAUGCCACAGUACACAAGAUUGAAGACGGGCGAGGCUUAGGCGCAUUUCAUUCGGUCGACAUUCCUUUUGUUUUUAACAUCAAAGACGCGUGGUCGGAAGACUCUUCUAACGCCAAGACGUCAGCACUGAUUGGAAAGUACUGGUUUAACUUUGCUAAAUCGGGCUGUCCUGAACCUACUUGGCCACAAUAUGACUCCGCCGCCCCAUUUCGAAUGGUUUUUGAGGAUGAUGGCGGAACUACUGUUGAGGAUCUGGCGGGAAAGUCUGAGCUCGAAAAGGGUCGUCAAGAGUUCUGGAGCCAACUCCUUUGA